GAAAGUAAACUCCAGAGGAAGCAAGAGAGAGAAAGAGGGAGAAGAGAGAGGGAGGGAGAAAAUAAUAUGGCCUUGGAAGAAUUUGAGGCCUUGGAUUGGUUUGUUUGAUAAUUUUCUGUUUUCUUCAUCUUCAGAAGCCUGUUAUAUUUGGGUUGAGAAGCUGAGAUGGAUUUUACAGAAUCAACCAAAGUUGUGUACAAUAGAAUCCAACAGCUAGAGCCUGAAAACGUCUCUAAAAUUAUUGGCUAUUUUCUCUUACAAGACCAAGGGGACCGGGACAUGAUCCGUUUGGCAUUUUGCUCUGAUACUUUGCUCCUCUCUUUGAUCAACAAAGCUAAAUCUGAACUCAGUUUAAACAAAUCAGCCGUUUCUGUGCCAAUCUCACCCUCCCAGGUGAUUCCAUCCCCUGUCACUGAUCUCCCUGUGCAGUUCACACCGUAUUCCCCUGCUUCAUCAUGCACAGUUUCAACUCCUGCAACUAUAAGAGCAUCGAGUCCUUUUUGGGAUCCCCAAGUGACUGCUGAGCAACAUGUCAACAAUUUGGAAUUUGUCCCACCAGGGUACUCGGAUGCUGUUGCUGAAGAUUAUGGCCUCCAAAACCAAAUGCAUUUCUUGAAUAUGGGAGAUCAGUUAGAAUCUGCCAAUUCUGUUAGUUCUGAGUUUUUGAGUAAUUACUAUUACUCAGAACCUGCAUUGGGUGUAAGAACCAGCCGGAGGUCUCCAAGCUUGCCUGAAUUUCCUGUUAAGAUUUGCCAUUACUUCAACAAGGGGUUCUGUAAGCAUGGAAACAAUUGUAGGUAUUUCCAUGGCCAUCCUAUGCCAGAGAGCUUAUCUCAGCUUUUCAGCCGGAAUUCGAAUGAUGUUGGCAAUGAUGAUCAUGUAAUAUCUCCUGGGACUCUUGAAAAGCUAGAAUUGGAGCUCACUGAGCUUCUAAAAGCGAGGAGAGGAUUGCCUGUCUCCAUUGCCUCUUUGCCAAUGUUGUACUAUGAGAUGUAUGGGAGGACACUUCAGGCUGAGGGUUACCUUACAGAGAGCCAAAGGCACGGUAAGGCUGGUUAUAGUCUAACAAAACUUCUUGCUCGAUUGAAGAACAGUAUUCGACUCAUUGACAGGCCUCAUGGGCAGCACUCCGUGAUAUUGGCUGAAGAUGCUCCAAAGUACCUGGAGUAUGCUGGUGAGAGGAGUGAUCCUGGUGGAAUAGUCGCUGGUUCUAGGCAGAUAUAUCUUACCUUUCCAGCUGAGAGUACCUUUACGGAAGAAGACGUUUCCAACUACUUCAACAAAUUCGGACCUGUUCAAGAUGUCAGGAUUCCAUGCCAACAGAAGAGGAUGUUUGGGUUUGUCACUUUUGUUUAUGCAGAGACAGUCAAGCAAAUUUUGGCUAAAGGAAAUCCUCAUUUUGUAUGUGGGGCACGUGUUCUGGUGAAACCUUAUAGGGAAAAAUCGAGGGUUGUUGACAGGAAGUUUACUGAGAAAGUACAGCAGCCUAUGUAUUACAGUCCACAUUUAAUAGAUGGAGAUACUGAGCUUCAAUCAAUGCCAAGAGUUUGUGACAAUUCAAGAUUACUUAGGAAGCAGAUCAUAGAGGAUAAUGAGCAAGUGCUGGAGUUUGAGAAAAGGCGUUUCUCUGAGUUGCAAUUGGCACCCAAGCAACAUUUGACUAAUCACUCCUAUUUUGGCUACUCAAUGGAUGAGCUGAAGCACACAGAUGAGCAAGCAGAUUUCCCUUCUGCGGAGCGUUACAAUUAUUUGUUGGAUGUUCUGAAUACUGGUUCCACCAGUGGGAAAAAGUCAGUCACAUAAGUACCAAUUAUAGUGACCAGGAUGGCAGCCAAGGACUCAUGUUCCAGAGAGCCCCUUUGCUGCAUCUCCGAUAGGGAGUGGCAUUUCAACAGUUAUAUAGAGACUCAGACACAGGAAUCGUAGAGGUAGAGGACUGAAUUUCAACAAAAGCAAUUUCUUUUUUUUUUUUUUUUUGUUAAAGUUUCACCUCAACAUCAUCGGUUCGACAGCAUCAGCAUGGUUCAUACCAACUGAAGGAGAGAAACACUAGAAAGUCUCCAUUUUACUUCAGUGGAGAAGAUUCCAAAGAAAAAUGAGUAUAGAAAGCUAAUAUGUAACAGGUUCAAAGUCCCUUUGUUUUUUCUUUUUUUUAACUUAAUUAAUGUAAUCACAGAAAGUCAGCCAGAGAGCUUUGGGUGUUUAGAAAGGAGUGUAAUUAUAUUCUUCUCUUAGUUGAAAGAAGAAAAGAAGGUUAGUAGGAAACAUAUGCAGGGUUGACAAGAAAGACAAGUUGUAGAAAUCUCUGCUACACUGAGUGACAAAUUAUAAAUAAAUCUAAUUUAUACAAAGAUGCACCCUUAGUUUUUGAUAACAA